UCCGCCUCCGUGAGGCUGCCCAAGACGCGCCAGGCCCUGGUCCCGUCCGACUCGCAGCACCCGCUCGCCGCCCAGCCGGAGCCCGCCCCCGUCGCCGCCCCGCUGUCCCUGCCCGUCCGCGACCGCCGCUCCACCCUCUCCUCCUCCACCACCUCCUCCGCCGCCGCCGCCGCCCUCUUCCGCUCCACCCUCUCCCCGCCCGCCUCGCGCUCCGCCUCGCCCGCUAGCUCCAUAAUAGCCCGCUCGCCGGCGCGCUCCAUGACCGCCGGGUCCGUGUUCGGCGGUAGUGGCAGUGGCGGCGCGGCGGCGGCGGACCCCGGGCAUCCGCUCAGCCUGCUGCUGCGCAGCUUUGUGCCGCACAUUGCGAUCCACGCGUCUGAGGACGUGGACCGCCUGGUGGGGGAGAAGGGGUUUGCCGGCGGCCUGUGGGAGCUGCUGCGGCCGUUUGGCGAGCGCGUGCAGGGCAGGGUGACCAUUCGCGACAGUAAUGGUGGCGCGAGGGCGUGGGAGGACUUUGCCGUGCGGUUUGUCAGGUUCGGGGAGGGCCUGGAGGAGCCGGAAGCGUUGGGCGGCAGUGUGGUGUUGAACGGGCAGGCCGGGGGGAAAGGCGCGGGAACGGGGAAGAGACCGGAUCCGAUUGCGCAGGUCGAGACCGUCGUGGAGAGACAUCUGCGGUUCGCCGAGGAGGCGUAUGUGGCCAGUGCCGCGUCGCCGCCCGGGACGCCGACCAGGCAGGGCCUGGAUGUCGACGCCACGUCUCCGUAUUAUGCGCUGUACCUGCGCCGGCUGCUGUCCGGGAUUCCGCUCGCGUGCCACGAGACGUUUGCACAUCCGGUGGCCUGUGUGAUGGCUAUCAGCUCGAGGAAUACGGCCCCGAUCGAGGCGCUGCAGAAGCUGUACAAGGAAACGAGCCAGGGCGAGCGGAGGCCGCCGCCGUGGGUGGAUGGCGAUUAUCUGCGGUACUACGUCCUGGUGCACGACGAAGAGAACGGGGACAUCACCAAAUCGAUGGCCUUGUUCGAUCAGAUGAAGCGCAAUUUUGGGCUGCACUGCCAUCUACUCAGGUUACGCAGCACACAGAGCGCCGAGACGGACGACGAUAGCAUACCCCUUCCGCGGAGCGAUUGGAUGACGGCGGCUGAGGAGCUGGCGGAUAUCGAGGAGAGCGAGAGGAGGGAAGACUUCGAGGACCCAACGAGAUACAUCUUCGAGUCGGACGCGACCGCAAUACGUACAUUUGUCCGGGAAAUGGUCACGCAGUCGGUGAUCCCCACCAUGGAGCGGAACAUCUCCCUAUGGAACGAUCAGGUGGCGUCGCGCCGCCGGGGCAUCAGCGGACGCUUCAUGAGCCUGUCGAAGCGGUGGGCCUUUGGCGGCUCGAGUCGCAGCUCAUCGGGUGGCACUUCUGGCUCGUCGAGCAACUUCGAUUCGCUGGGAUUCUACCGAGCGGACAGCCCCGAGGCCAUCAUGCGGAGACUGGCCGACUUUGCUUUCAUGUUGCGCGAUUGGAAAUUGGCCAUGUCGACCUACGAGCUCCUGCGCAGUGAUUUCCAGAACGAUAAGGCGUGGAAGUAUCACGCGGCGGCCAACGAGAUGGCCGCCCUUGCUCUCCUCAUCAUGCCGCCAAACAUGUCGUCCAAGACGCGCAUCGAGACGAUCAGCCAGAUGCUCGAGCAGGCCUUCUACUCGUACCACACCCGCUGCAACUCGCUCUACGGGGCCGUCCGGUGCAUCGUGCUGGCGCUCGAGCUCCUGCGGAUGCGCGGCGGCUCCGGAGUAGACGAGGCGGUCCGGUGGGGCAUCAGGGUGCUGGAAUCCAAGCUGCUGGGUUCGGUCGGCGACGCCCUGCUCAAGGAACGGCUUGCGAUAUGCUACGCCUCGAAGCAGGGCGUCGGGUCACAGGCCUGGGGCAGCAGGCGGCGCAAGUCGGCGCUGUGGAGCGUGCUCGCCGCCGAGGCGUGGAUCUCCCAGGGCAAGUACGUCCAGGCGGAGAAGUGUCUGAACGAGGCGCGCACGAUGUACGCGCUGCUCCCCGGCGAGUGCGGCGUGCAGAACUUUGCCGGGGCCAGCGAUUUCCUGGCGCAGCUGAACGAACGGCUCAGGGCAGGGCUGGGGAUCGAUAUGGUCUCCGAGGGAGAACAGGCGCAAGAGGGCCAGGGUGAGCCCGAGUUACUGGUGGAUGAAGAGAGCGAGACGCUGGGCACAAAGAGGUCGAGGCGAGCCAGCCUCAUUGGCACUGCAGGGGGCGGCGCGGGGCUCGAGACGGCCCCGCUGAACGACACGACAUCGGCGAGACUGCCGGACGAUGAAGGGGCCACGUCCCCGGAUGACGGGUUUGGCUAA